CCUGCCUGUUCUUUAUUUGCUUCCCCCAUUUUAAUGGAAACAUUUCCUUCCUUCACUUCAACAAUUUAAAUAGUACCUGUCUUUUACGCCUUCCAAACAGCGCCUUAACCGAAUCUUCCUUUUCUCUUUACCUAAUCAAAUGUAACUCUCUCUCUCUCUCUCUCUUAAAUUCCAGAUUCUCGAAGGAAAGAAAGAAAGAAAGACAGUUGUCAAGAAACUAAACUAAACAAAAAAAAAAACAAAAAACAAAAAAAACCUCAAACACCCAUAAAGCUGAAAAAGAAGAACUUGUCUUCUUCUCUCAAGAAUCAGAAACGAGAACCAAUAACCAAGAAAGAUGGAUAAUUUGUUAUGUGAUGAAUUGCUUCAAGAAAUUUUUGCAAAAAUCACAAAAUCAUCAUCUUCAUCACAAUCAUCGUCUUCUUUAUCUGUUUCUUUAGUUUCUAAGCGGUGGCUACACCUCUACCGCACUUCAAAAACCUCUCUUUCUCUAAGGCUGAAUCUUGAUAAUUCAACAAUUCAAUCUUUAUCUUCUCUUCUUGCCAACUACCCUUUUCUUUCAUCUCUUUCUCUCAUCUUCUCCUCUGACCCUGCCAUAACAACAAAUUCAACAACCACCACCACCACAGCUUUUAAUGAUCAUCUUCUUUUUAUAGUGUCAACUUUUUGCUCCAAGCUUAAACACCUCAGGUUCUUGACUGGUCCUGUCUCUACUUCUUCUCUCCUUUCCCUCUCUAAUUCUUGUACCCUUCUCACUUCUCUUACUAUAUUUCUGUCUAAGCCUGUUUUCUUGAACUGGAUUGCCUGUUUUUCUUGUUUGAAGGAGCUAUCUAUUUAUGUUUCUUCAAUUGAAGGUGCUGAGGAUGGUUUCAGGGGAUCUGGGUUGUGUUUAAAUGAAGAAGCUGAUGCAGAGUUGAGUUUAGAGAGUCUAUAUUUAUCAGGGAUUAAAAGAGAUGAUUCUGGUUUCGGUUGGUUAUGGAGGAGUUGCAAAAAGCUCAAGAAAUUGCAGCUUAAGAGUUGUGAAGGUAUUGGUGAUGGAGGUUCCUUUCUGUCUUUUGUUACCUGCUUAAGGGGUAUUCAAGAAGUGGAGCUAAGAACUUGUAGAAGUAUAAUUCAUGGAGUUUUACUAAGAUUGGCUGAGAAUUGUGAUUCUUUGAACUCUCUUUUAAUUUAUGAUGGUGGUAGUAGAGAAGGUUUACUUCAUUUUAUUAGUAAUUGCAGAUGUGAUUUGCAGAAACUUGAUUUUCGAUUACCUUUAGACCUUAAUAAUGACCAUCUCUUGGCUAUUGCAAUGAAUUUCAGAAAUCUCUCAAUUCUUAGGCUUCAAAGUUGCUGUCUUGUUACUGGGGAAGGGCUAAAAGCUCUUGGAAUUGCUGUGAGUCCAGUGCUUCAAGAAUUGGCAUUGAUAAAUUGUGAUGUUGUCGAAAGAGAAUCCGGAUUGCUUGCUACAUUAGGUCAGAAUUUGAGGCAACUGAAGAAAUUAGACUUGUCUCAUAAUGAGUUCUUGCUUGAUAAGGAGUUCAUUUCAAUGCUAGUUUCUUGCAAUUCUUUGGUUGAAUUGAAGUUAAGAGGCUGCAAAAGAGUUACUGGCAUGGCAAUGCUAUGUAUGUUCAGGAAUUGCAAGAGAUUAGAAUGUGUGGAUAUCAUGCACUGCUGUGGGAUUGAAGCUGAGGCUAUUGAGUUAUUUUUCCUCAAUUCUCCAAGACUGAGAUGUGUCCAAGUUGAAGAAAGCAAGCUUUCUGAUGUUGCUAGGAAAUGGGCAGAGCAUAAUUUCAUCGAAGUUGUUGCUUAAGUCUUCACCAUGAAUUGGAGAUACAGCAUAAAUUAACUGAAUCAUAUUGAUCACAGAAGUAAAUGUUUCUCUUGUAGAAUAGAAUGAGCUGUUUUUGCUCCCUAAGAAUAAACUAUGUUUGUACAGAAAGUUUCAAGAUUUUUCACAAGGUAUAUAUAUAUAUCUAUGUACAUAUGUGUAAGUAUAUGGCUGCAGUUGAGAUUGAAUUAUUCUUCUCUGCAGCAAAUAAAGAUGACUGUUUACAGUUUCAA